AUGAAAAUAGACUCGGGGGCAAGUUACUCAAUAGUAAGUGAAAAGUUAUUUAGAGAAAAAAUAUCGUGUAUUCCGCUAAAACCAAGUCAAAUACAAUUAAGAACUUGGGGAACAGAGAAAAAUCUUAAACUGAGUGGAGAAGCAGAAAUACCAGUCUCGGUUGGGAACGUCACAAAGAAACUAAAGUUGUUAGUAGCAGCAGGUGAUGGUCCGGCUCUAAUUGGUCGAAAAUGGUUUAACGAUUUGGGAAUUACUAUAACUAGCAAUUUAUGCAAUAUAGAGUCAACUAUUCCAGUACAAGUGAUGAACUUCAGUUCAGUUUUUGAUGGAAAUCUUGGAGAUUACAAGGGAAAUCCUGUGAAGUUACAAAUGUCAGUUUCAAGUAAACCGAAAUUUCUUCGAUAUCGACAAGUGCCUUUUGCACUAAAACUCAAGGUGGAAGCAGCAUUAAAGAAGUUGGAAGAUGAAGGCGUACUGCGUUCAAUAUCCUUUAGUGAGUGGGCAACACCGGUUGUACCUAUUAUUAAACCAGAUGGUAGCAUACGCAUUUGUGGAGAUUAUAAGUGCACAGUGAAUCAAAUGCUUUGCAAGGAAACGUAUCCAUUACCUACAAAUACAGAAGUGCUAGCAGCAUUAGCAAAUUGUAAGUGGUUUACAAAGCUGGAUUUAGAUCGAGCGUAUACACAGGUGAAGGUUGACCAGGAAUCAGCAAGCAUACUUACAUUAAACACACAUCGCGGACUUUUUGAAGUUACAAGAUUACCGUUUGGAAUUUCAACGGCACCAGGUAUAUUUCAACGGAUGAUGGAAGGAGUUCUUAAGAACAUAGAUGGUGUGAUUAUUUAUUUAGACGACAUUCUAAUUGGCGGAACAACUUUGGAAGAGUUGUGGGAUAGAACACAAACUGCUCUGAAAUGUGUACAGGAUGCAGGAUUGAAGCUUAAAAAAUCAAAAUGUGUUUUCGCAGUACAAGAGAUAACAUUUUUGGGGUUUAAGAUAAGCCGAGAAGGAGUGCGUCCAACUGACGAAAAGGUGAAGGCAAUAGCUCAAGCACCAGAACCAAUAAAUAAACAACAGCUACAAGCUUUUCUUGGUCCAAUUCAAGCCGGUUCAACAGAGAAACAUACAAGACGUUCGCAUAAGCAGCACAUCAUGUACUUAUCGUAUGCACAAACCGUGGAGCGGAUACGAAAAUGGUCUGUAAAGUACAAUGGAGGAGUAGAUCCAAUAGAUUUUGUGGAAAGCAUAGAAGAGUUAGCAGAACUUGACGACGUCAACGUGAAUCUAGUUCCCAGGAUGAUGCCUGUACUGCUUGAAGACAAAGCACUGAUGUGGUACCGGAACAACAAUAAACAGUGGAACCUCUGGUCAAGCUUCAAGACAGACUUUCUAAAAUUUUUUCUUUCAUCUAGAUAUUUCAAAAGAUUAGAAGACGAGGUGCGAACACGAUUGCAAAAGAAGCAAGAAAGUUUUAAAGAUUAUUUACUAUAA